UUCAAUCUUUAUCUUCUCAGCUUGUUGAGCCUAAUUCGUCACUUUUGCACGUGUUUAUUUUAUGUGCAUUUUAUAUGUUUAUUUCCUAAUAUAUAAACUUUUAUAUUCGGAUAUAAACCAUAUAUCACAAUGGUCGUGAUAGGUAAAAAGAAGUAUCAGAGUGGUGAAGGGGCGCAAUUUAUAACAAGAAGAGCUGCUCUCAGGAAAUUACAAUUGACGCUAAAUGAUUUCCGUAAAUUAUGCAUACUGAAAGGCAUAUAUCCAAGAGAACCACGCAAUCGUAAAAGAGCACAAAAAGGUGAACCUGGGAUUAAAACUUUAUAUCAUAAGAAAGAUAUUCAAUUCUUGAUGCAUGAACCAAUCAUAUGGAAACUGAGAGAUUAUAAGAUAUUCAACAGAAAAAUUGGACGAGCGAAAGCAAUGAAAGAUUUUGCUAAAAUAAAAAAAUAUUUGAGUAAUCAUCCUACAUUAAAAUUGGAUCAUAUAGUUAAAGAACGUUAUCCAACAUUUAUAGAUGCUUUACGUGAUUUAGAUGACUGUUUAACUCUCUGUUUUUUAUUCAGUACAUUUCCAUCAUUGCCUCAUAUACCGAGAGAUCAGUCAUUAUUAUGCAGAAGAUUAACAAUUGAAUUCCUUCAUGCUGUUAUCUAUACUAAAGCAUUGCGUAAAGUGUUUAUAUCAAUUAAAGGAUAUUAUUAUCAAGCAGAAAUAAAAGGACAAACAAUAACAUGGAUAAUGCCACAUCACUUUUGUUUUGAACCUCAGGCAAAAAACGAAGUAGAUUUUAAAGUUAUGUCUACAUUUGUAGAAUUUUAUAUUAUAAUGCUUGGUUUUGUGAAUUAUAGAUUGUAUCAUACUUUGAAUUUACAUUAUCCUCCAAAAUUAACAAAUACUGGAAAUAAUGAAAAAAUACUCGUCGAUGAAGAAGCAUAUGUGUCAGAAAGAAUAAGUGCAUUGAAUGUAUCAUUGGUCAGCUUGGAUCCUUCAAUACCAGCAGUUGAAGAUGAUGAAAUUGAAAUAGAUCAAUUCUCAAGUGAAACAGAUGCUACCAAGAUAGAAGCUGCUAGGGUAGAAGCUGAGAAAAUACAGAAAUUGAAAAAUUUGUUCAAAGGUAUAAAAGUUUUUAUUAAUAGGGAAGUACCCAGAGAGCCAUUAGUAUUUAUCUUGCGUUGCUUUGGCGGAGAAGUUUCUUGGGAUAAAUUACUCUUUGUUGGUGCAACUUUUGAUGAGAAUGAUGAGACAAUAACUCAUCAGAUUGUAGAUAGACCAAGCAUAAAUAAACAAUAUGUAUCAAGAUACUACAUACAACCGCAAUGGAUUUUUGAUAGUGUAAAUGCGAGAGAAUUAUUACCUGCAGAAAAAUAUUUAAUGGGUGCUAUACUUCCUCCUCAUCUCUCACCAUUUAUAGAUAAUCGACAUGAUCAGACUUAUAUUCCUCCAGAAGAACGCGCUCUUAUGGAUCCUAAUUAUAAAUUGGAUAAUUUGGAAGCAGAUUCAGAUGAAGAAGUAAAAAAUGACGACAAUGAGAAUGAACAAGAGGAAAUUGAAGUUCAAAAUGAUCUAAGUUCAGGAAGUGAUCAAGAAGAUGAUGAUGAUGACGAUGAUGAAGAUGAUGAUAAUGUACAGAUUGUUGAGGAAAAAGAAAAAAGUAAAAAGGAGAAGCAAACCCAAUUGGAAAAGAAAAAGAAAAUGAAAAUACAAGCUGAUGAGAUUACAAAAAAAAAUCCACGGAAAAAGGCCAAACGAGAAAAUGAUGACAAGAAUGAGAAUGAACACGAGGAAAUUGAAGUUCAGAAUGAUCUAAGUUCAGGAAGUGAUGAAGAAGAAGAAGAUGAUGAUAAUGAUAAUGUACAGAUUGUUGAGGAAGAAGAAAAAAAUAAAAAGAAGAAACAAGCUCAAUUGGAAAAGAAGAAGAAAAUGAAAGUACAGGCUGGUGAGAUUACAAAAGAAAAUUCAUGGGAAAAGGCCAAACGAGAAAAGCAGGAAUAUCGUCUUAGAGAGAAGAUGAUCAAGAAAAAGCACCGUAAAUUGUACAAAAGUAUGAUGAAAGGUCGAGAGGAAAGAGCUAAAGAAAUAUGGCUCUUGCGAAAGAAGAGACGCAUUCACGAUGCUGAGGAAAAAGAGAAACGAAAAGAGCAGAGGAAACAAUUAAACAAAUCUAAAGCUGUUAAAGUAUAGAAGUAAAUUAGACAAAAUUAAUUAUAUUCUAUUCCCAUAUGCAUAAACAAGAAAUCGUAAUAUUGUGUGUAUAUUAUGAUAAUUACAAUAUAUAUGUUCCAUUUGCUCUAAAUCGAUCUAUUACAAUUAUUCUACAUUAAAAUUGUGGAUAAAAUUAAAUUU